AUGUGUGUUAAUAAAAUUUUUCGCUCUAUUUGGGAUGGUUUAUUAUCACUUUUUGUCACUAGCAGUUUACCAGAAGUGGAUGCGUUGACAAAGGAAGAGAGAAAACAAUUAGUGGACAGUUGGCCUAAACUGAAAGAGAAAAAUCCUGAUUUAUUCCUGAGAGCUUGGAUAAAGUCAGCACGAAUGAGCGUUAAUAUCAAAAAAGCAACAGGUCUACGAGAUGAUGAAGAUCCGGAAACUAACGGAAGAUUCAUUUCGUUAUCGCCGUAUAUUGAAGAUUUUGUCGACAAACUUAUUAUUGAAUUUCGCUGCAAUGAUACUAAAAUAACAGAAUCGUGUCGCAAACUUGGUGCCAGGCAUAAACUUAUCGAAAAUUUUCAUACGAAUUUCUGGGACAUUUUUCUGGGCAAUUUGAUUCAUAUUAUCAUAGAAGCACACCCCGAAAGAGAACAACGAGAAAUUGCAGCAAUUUGUGAAAAGUUUUUUUCUUUUUUCGUUAGUUUCAUGCGUGAUGGAUAUAAGACGCGAGUGCAAGAAGAAUUAAGCGGUCGUAGACGCAUGAAAGCUUAA